GAGGAAUGGAUGAAGGUUUGCGAGAAAGAACAACACUUGCAAUAACUUCCAGAAAAGCACUUCGUGGUGAUAAUAAUCCUAAUGAAGACAACAACAAUAAAAUUGCUGUAAAUGAAACAACAAAUGACCGCCCUUCAACACAACAAUCAUCAAAUAAUUCUGAUUUAUUAAUCUCUUGGCGUCGUAUUUUAAUGUUAAUAAUGGCAGUGACUGUGCAUAAUUUCCCAGAAGGUCUAGCUGUUGGUAUUGGAUUUGGCUCUAUUGGGAAAACACCCGCGGCUACAUUCGAAAAAGCUUUUAAUCUUGCACUUGGGAUUGGCUUACAAAAUUUUCCUGAAGGUUUUUUUAAUUUAAAAAUCAUUUCAAAAUUUUUAAUUUUCCUUGUAGGUCUAGCUGUUUCUUUACCACUUGCCAGUUUUGGAUAUUCACCUUUUCGUGCCUUUCUUUAUGGACAAUUAAGCGGUAUGGUAGAACCUUUAGCUGCAUUAUUAGGAUCUUCUGCUGUUCUUCUCAUGGAAGCCAUUCUUCCUUAUGCUUUAAGUUUUGCUGCUGGAGCUAUGAUUUAUGUGGUUUUUGACUCAAUUAUCCCAGAAGCUUGCUCACAUGGAAAUGGGAAAAUGGCUUCAGCAUCCGCGAUUAUUGGUUUUCUAGUCAUGAUGUGUUUAGACGUUGGAUUAAGUUAA